AUGGGAUUAGACCCCGGAGUCAACACUUCCACUGACGUCAUUCCUUAUGGAGGGAAGAGUGCCUUUACACAGGUGGAGCACAACAUAGUGGCUGCAUAUCUCAUCACUGCAGGCAUCAUCAGUUUAGCCAGUAAUAUAGUGAUACUGCUGAUGUUUGUGAAGUGUAAGGAGCUACUUAAUGCUACCAAUGCCAUCAUCAUCAACCUGGCCUUCACCGACAUCGGCGUGGCUGGCAUCGGCUAUCCCAUGUCUGCUGCAUCGGACCUGUAUGGCAGCUGGAAGUUUGGCUACACUGGCUGCCAGAUCUAUGCAGCGCUCAACAUCUUCUUUGGCAUGGCCAGUAUUGGCCUGCUGACCGUGGUGGCUGUCGACCGCUACCUGACCAUCUGCAGACCUGACAUCGCCCAGAAGAUGAGCACCUAUUCCUACACCCUCCUUAUUCUAGCAGCGUGGCUGAACGCUGUAUUUUGGUCCUGCAUGCCCAUAGUGGGCUGGGCGAGCUACGCCCCCGACCCGACUGGAGCUACCUGCACCAUCAACUGGAGACAGAAUGAUGCCUCUUUCGUUUCCUACACCAUGGCAGUGAUUGCUGUGAACUUUGUGGUGCCUCUGUCUGUUAUGUUCUACUGCUACUACAACGUGUCCAUCACUGUGAGGAGAUACAAGGCCAACAACUGUCUGGACAACAUCAACAUUGACUGGUCAGACCAGAUGGACGUCACAAAGAUGUCCGUUGUUAUGAUUGUCAUGUUCCUGGUGGCCUGGUCCCCAUACUCCUUGGUGUGUCUCUGGGCAUCAUUUAAGGACCCAAAGAAUAUCCCUGCCCCAAUGGCCAUCAUUGCGCCACUCUUUGCGAAGUCUUCCACCUUUUACAACCCCUGUAUUUAUGUGCUAGCCAACAAAAAGUUUAGAAGAGCCAUCAUAGGAAUGAUCCGAUGUCAAACAAGACAGCGGAUGACCAUCAAUAACCAGGUUCCCAUGAGCCCCUCCCAAAACCCCCUGACACACUAA